CUCAGACACUGAAGAAGUUAGUAGACAGGAAGAAGAGGAAGACGUUUCAAGAAACUAAAUAAAGGAGCUGAGGGAGAAGAAGUGAGCGUAAAACACCACGGACCCCCGGCACGGUGUCGACCAGGUCUCUCCGCGGACUCCCAGGACACACAUGGAUGCAUGAUGGGAAAUAUGUGAGCUCCUUGGGAUGCUGCUGCUGAUAUGGUGGUCCUGCCUCUUGCCUUAAAGGGACCCCAGUCUCACCGUUUGAGAGUCUGGGGAAAACACUGCAACAGAUUAUGGAUUUAGGUUAAGUUGUGCAGCUCGAAAGCGCAAACGUCAUGGAGAGAGCGGCUGCUAAGAGCGAGAGCAAUUCCGAUACCGAGGGGGACCUGCCUGACACGGACUGCCCGCCGGCGUCCAAGCCCAGCGGCGGUGCUGAUGAGGAUAAAGCAGCCAAUGUGAAGUUGAGAGCCUGUGACGCCACAGACCCUGCAGGUCUCCAGGACUCUGAGGUCUAUUCAGCCAAGUGCCACACCGAUGAGUCUGACGGGCUGGAGCAUGAAAGUGUGGAAGGCUUUGAGAAUUCACCAGUUAUCAAUCAGGAGGAGGAUGAAGCGGCCAAAGAGCAGCCAGCGGAUGAGGAGUCCUUCUGGAACAGUCUGGGGAAGAGGUGCAAACUGAGGGUCCGUGGAUCUGCGCCGGAGCAGAGGAGUCAAAGUCCUCAGAGCAGCUUUUCCUCCUUCCCAAAAGGCUCUCUGCCCAGCGGGAGCAGGCACCGUCAGGCCCGCCGACGGAACCACCAGCACCAGCAGCGAGGCCGCCGGCGCACGGGAAACCACCUGGUGUUGGCCUUCAAAGACAUGUUGUCCGAGUCCCUGAGCCUGUGGUGCGUCUCCUGCAUCCACAUGAUGAUCGAGGUCAUCGUGACUCUAGCUCACAGCUGCGGCGUCUGUGUGGAGGCCGGCGUGCUCAGGCUUCACGGCCUCGGACAGCAGCUCUUGGCGAAGGUCACUGACGUACCGGGAAUGAAGGCUGACGCCGUCCGGAUCUUAGAAUGGACAAAAUGCUUCGGAGCUGAUGCGGCGGGUAGAAUUGUCAGAGCUUUUCAUUGGAUAAAGACUGCAGUCCUGUCGGCGCUGCUCCUCAGCUGGGCUUUCGUGACUCUGUGCUCCCACUGGGUGAAGCGCUUAGCUGUGCGACUCGCUGGGGAGAGAGGGAAGCGCUGCGGCUCGGCCUUGCAAAAUUCCAGAGUUUGGAGGAGAGUGGCGUCGUGGCUGGAGCGAGCCAGAAGCUGGUGCCGGAGGCGUUGGACUCGGAGCUCAGCGUCUGAGUCGCCAGGGAGAGCCGGCAAACUUCCGUCCGGCCACGAGCUGGAACGACUUCUUGCCUUAGCCGAGGUCCCCGAGGAAGAGCUGGACCCUUUCACGGUGCUCGGCGUGGAGGUCAGCGCGACGGAGGCCGAGUUGAAGAAGGCCUACAGACAGCUGGCCGUGCAGGUGCACCCCGACAAGAAUAAGCACCCGCGAGCGGGCGAGGCCUUCAAGGUCCUGAGGGCCGCGUGGGACGUCGUCAGCAAUCCAGAGAUGCGGCAGGAGUACGAGCUGAAGCGCAUGGCAGCAACGGAGCUCUCCAAGUCCAUGAACGAGUUCCUCACCAAGCUGCAGGACGACCUGAAGGAAGCCAUGAACACCAUGAUGUGCACCAAGUGUGAAGGCAAGCACAAGCGCUUCGAGAUGGACCGCGAGCCCGCCGAGGCCCGCUUCUGUGCCGAGUGCAACAGAUGCCACGGUGCCGAGGAGGGCGACCUGUGGGCCGAGUCCAGCAUGUUGGGCCUCCGCAUCACCUACUUUGCUUGCAUGGACGGCAAAGUGUACGACAUCACAGAGUGGGCGGGCUGCCAGAGAAUAGGCAUCUCUCCAGACACGCACCGCGUGCCCUACCACAUCUCCUUCGGCUCCAAGAACAACAGCACCUCCACCAGGCACAGGAACCCGCCUGAGCACCCCACCAGCCCCCCGUACCCCACUGACCUGCACGACUUCUUCAGCCGGAUCUUCAAGGGAGGUGGCUCCAACGACAUGGCCGCCAACGGGGGCUUCUUCCCCUCAGGUUGUCCUCCCCCGAACCCCGCUGCCGCAGGAGUCCCCCCAUUCUCUCCUCCUCCCGGACAGACGGGCUUCUUCCCCCCGGGAAGCCACCGGCCGGAGUCCAGCGAGACGCCGGCCGAGGGUGGCAAACCGCCCCGGAGGAAGAGGAAGCUCCGUAAACCCUUCCAGAGGUGAGGUCUGCUGCGUGUGUCGCCCCCCCCACCUCCCAGAUUUGGAGGCCGUGGGUCCCCCCGGACCUGGACCGAGGUGGUCUCAGUAUUAUUCGAGAAACGUCUGCAGUGCAGUGACGGCUCUCCACCUCCCAUUUCACCCUGCUUUCCUUUGACUGUGGCGUCCACUUCACUCCCCAUGAGGCUGGUUCUUCCGUGCACAGCUCAGCUCUUGAGUGGACUCAUCUUCAUCUGCUCUGAGGAGCCAGGGAGGAUGAGCUCAGCAGAUGACACCAGGUGAAGGAGCCGCGACCCUCAUGGACUGGCCUCAGCCGCGCGGCCUGCCUUUUUCACGGAUCUUUCUGUACGCCCGAUGGAAACCAGAUGAACUGCCAUUAUAUCCUCACGAAUGAAAGAGACGGUGGAGACCGCGCCAGUGACGGGACGUUCUGCUGCCGAUCAAGCCUCCACCCAGUGUUUCCAGCGCAGAUUCAAAGCUGCCGACGCCACUGGUGAUGUGCCGUCUGCACAGCUGAUCCUUUUCUGCUUGAAAGCAACACAACUCAGAUUUCUUUGAAUCACGGUGUAAUUGAAGCACAACAUUAUGACCACCUGACGCAGGACCAGUCCUCGCUUCCAUUCACUGUGGUUCCCUUCAUCACUGGUUGCCAGGUCGAUGGUGAGAACAUUGGACUUGUCUUGGACUCAUGUUUGCUUGGCUCAGUGAAGGUGUCGGCGCUGUUGGGUCCAGAGAGAGGUGGAGUGAGUGUUGCUGGAACCUGCUGUUUCAGAGGCGACAGGGGUCGAUGCAGGUGGUCAUAAUGUUGUGGCUAUGAGCAGAGAAUCACUGAUGAAUGUGUUCUGAAGAACUUCAUUCUCUCUCCUAAUAUCUCCAACGACGCCGCGCUGCUGGUUGUGCAUCACAAACGUGCUGAUGAAGCAGCUGGAUGGAGUAAUGCAUUGCACUGUCUUUGGUCGAAGAGCCCCAGGAUUCUGGGCUCCGCCUGCCUUCAUGACGUCAUUUGUUCGCCACUAUUUUGACAUCAUUGUCUUGACUGAAGGAGCCUCUCUCGUUGUCCGGUGUGAGUCGCUGCACAAGAAAUGUUGGAGGGUGUUGUUUAGAAAUAAACCAAAACAAUGGAGUUUUAUUCUACAACUCUGC